GUAGAUAGAUAUAAUACAUUAACAUAGCGCCCUUAGACUAAAGCUCUUAUAGUAUUUCUUAAAUGCAGUCGUCAUUUGACUGUAGUUAGAAAAGUUACUAUUAUAGCAGUUUGUGUGAAAGUCUAAGGCUUGUUUGGUCCAGAGUAGGCAAUGCUUUGACCUCUUCCCCUCACAGUCUAUUAAUAGUCAGACUGAUGGCACCGACUCGACGCCGACUGCGUUUCGCGCUGCGGCUCCUGACCACUGGAAGUCAUAAAGCUUUCUGCAAUUACUCAAACGUACCGAAAGCGUGUUUCUCGCGGAUUAAUCGGCGCGCGUGUGAGAUAUGAGCGGGCCUCGAGCGGUUCUCGGUUUAGCGGAGGAAGAUAACCGGACGCUGUCGCGGCGGGAAGCUGAUAGCCUCGUGAAAGCACGCUUUCUAGAAGCGCUCGCGCGUAACGAUGCGGCUGAGGUCGCCAAAAUCCUCCGCACCACCAGCAUUGACAUAGACGCCGUGUUGGACGUGGAGGACCGCGACAUGAUCCUUGCCUCGUAUAAGCAAGGUUACUGGCUACCAAGUUAUAAGCUGGAGACGUCCUGGGCGAUGGGUCUUCACGUGUGUAUGAUGUACUGUGCGCUGGAGAGUGCCAUAGUUCUUCUGCAGAAUGGGGCAGCGGUCAACAGGAAACCCAAUGGGAAAACCCCUCUACAUGUGGCCUGUACAGUGUCUAAUGCUGACUGUGUGGAGCUCCUGCUGGAAUGGGGCGCGCGGAUCAACAGCAUGUCCCUGAGUGGACAUGCUCCUUUACACUACUGCGUUACUCAAGAGUCUUUGGACUGUGCCAAACAUCUUAUUCUCAAAGGUGCAAAUAUCAACAUGCCCAGUGAAGAGAACCAGGACACCCCUCUGCACACUGCGGCUCGCCAUGGCAUCCCACAGCUGGUGGCUUUCUACAUUGCCCAUGGAGCUGAUAUCAAUGCAGUCAACGGUUACAUGGAGACGCCUCUGAUCACCGCCGUAUUCUGGGCCAUGGACAUUCGCGAGCGGACCUAUAGCUCAGACCACCAUCUUGUCUGCAGGAUCCUUUUGGACCACAACGCUAACUUACAUCUAUAUGAGGAAGACAAGAAGACGGCGCUGCACAAAGCUUGCUGGAAUUGUGACCACGUGCUUAUCCAGAUGUUACUGGAGGCCGGCGCCAAGACCAAUGCUAUGGAUAUCAACGGAUGUGCAGCAAUACAGUAUCUGCUGAAGGUGACGCAGAUCAGGCCGUGGGCCAUUCCUGAACACUGCUAUCGGCUGCUUCUGAACUACGGAGCGGCACGAGUCUAUCCACCACAGUUUCACAAGGUGUUGCAGGCAUGUCACGAAUACCCCAGGGCAGUGGAGGUUAUGAUCAAUUCUUAUGAGCAUAUCAAGUACACAAAAAAAUGGAGAGCUGCUAUUCCUGAAGCUGUAUAUGAGAGGCACAGAAAUUUCUAUGAUUCUCUGUUCGCUGUCUGUACCAACAAUCCACGCACUCUACAGCAUCUGGCCAGAUGUGCAAUACGAGCUGCAAUGUUCAAUCGUUGUGAACUGGGUGUCCAUCAUCUCCUUCUUCCUUCAUCGGUGAAAAAGUACUUGCUUCUGGAGCCUGUAGGAAUCAUAUACUGACAUUGUUUCUGCAUUACACCUUUAUGACUGUUUCUUCAAAUUCAAAUUUUGUUACCAAGUAGAAAAUUAGAACUUUUGGUUCAAAAUAUUUUUUUUUCUUUAUUUUAUCCUC